AUGUCUUUCAGCGGAACCCAACAGAAAUGCAAGACUUGUGAUAAAACUGUUCACUUCGUUGAUUCAAUUUCUGCUGAUGGUAGUGUUUAUCACAAGAACUGCUUCAGAUGUAGCCAAUGCAAUGGCCUUCUUGCGAUGAGCACCUAUUCAUCACAGGAAGGAGUUUUGUACUGUAAGACUCAUGCUGAGCAGCUUGCCAAGGAAUCUGGCAAUUUCGCCAUGAAGAGAUCCCUGUCAGCGGGAUCGGGAAAGCCCAGCGAGCUGCCUAGGGCCCCAAGCAAGCUUUCUGCUUUCUUCUCGGGGACUCAAGAAAAAUGUUCCGCAUGCAAGAAAACCGUGUAUCCAUUGGAAAAGUUGACAGUGGAAGGUGAAUUUUACCACAAAUCAUGCUUUAGGUGCACACAUGGAGGAUGUUUUCUGAGUCCUUCAUCCUAUGCUGCACUUGAUGGAUAUAUAUACUGCAAGCCUCACUUUUCUCAGUUGUUUAAGGCUAAAGGUAGCUAUAGCUAUCUCUCCAAACAAGCUUCAAUGAAGAAAAAUGAAGAAAAAAAGGCUGCGGAGGAGAGAGCUGCUCUUGAAUCAGCAGCAGAACCAGCACCAGAGGCAGCAGACACAGAGACAAAAGAAGAACAAGAUCCUGCUGCUGAGACGCAAGAGGCGUAAUAAGCUCAUAAUUCAACAAGGUUGCAUCUUUGUAUGAUAUCUUUUGAUCUGGUGUUGAUUGGCCUCAAACAUACCCCAAAUUUUGAUUGGGUGGUUUUGGUGGCCUUUUGUCAUUUGAGAGGAUUCCUGCAAAAGUGCUAUCAUGUGUUUCAUUCAUUCAUUUGUUUGUGAACAGACAUUAGAUGAUGAUAAACAAUGUUAUGUUCAUCGGGGAAAUGUUAUGUAGUAGAUGUCUUUUAGAAGGUCGAUUAUAUGUUUGGAUUGACGGUGUAUUUGACAAAAUCACAGUGACAUUACAAUUUUGUUAAAACUCUAAAAUGUAGUAGCUCACUGUGAUUAUGUCAAAUUCAGCGUCAAUUUCAACAUGCACA